ACAUGCUCAAAUAAUCAGUGGCAAUGCGAUUCGAAUGUUUGUUUAAUUCAAGAAAAUCUUCUUCAUCAAGUUCAAACGGGUCGGUACUCUUGUUUUCAUUUUGUUUAUUCCACAUCAAUUUUCAGUUGGACAGCCAGAAAUUAUUCACAAUAUUGGGGCCGAACAUUGGAAGAUGGAGUCCGAUAUAGAUUAGGUACUUUGUUUCCCGAAAAAAGCGUCCAGAACAUGAAUGAAAUAUUAAUUAAACCAAAAGAAUUACCAUUGAGAUUCGAUUCAAGAGAGAAAUGGCCACUUUACAUCCAUGGUAUAAGAGAUCAAGGAGACUGCGCCAGUUCUUGGGCUAUGUCAACAACUGCAACAUCAUCUGAUCGUUUAUCAAUUAUUUCUGAUGGUAAAAUUGACGUAGUUCUUUCUGCACAACAGUUAUUGUCGUGUAAUCAAAAUCGACAACGUGGGUGUGAGGGUGGCUAUCUUGAUCGAGCAUGGUGGUAUAUGAGAAAGUUUGGAAUUUUAACUGACGAAUGCUAUCCUUAUGUUAGCGGCUCGACUCGAAAACCUGACGAAUGCCGAACAGUUAAAUCGGAAUACCAAAUCGAUAUGCCCAUAGUUUGCCCGAAUUCAUCAAUAAAACCAUUACUGUAUAAAAUGACACCUCCAUAUAGGAUAGCCAGUCGUGAACAAGAUAUUAUGACAGAAAUCAUUACAAACGGACCAGUUCAAGCUACUUUCUUAGUUUAUGAAGAUUUUUUCAUGUACAGGGAUAUUUUCAACUUCAGCGGUGGUGUUUAUCAAAAAAUGGAUUUAAGCAAACAAGGCAAUCAUUACACAAGUCAAGGAUAUCAUUCAGUGCGACUGUUAGGGUGGGGAGAAGAUGAUUUAACUGGAAGACCUGUAAAAUACUGGAUAGCAGCAAAUUCAUGGGGAACCAAUUGGGGCGAAGAUGGAUAUUUUCGAAUUUUGCGCGGAGAAAAUCACUGUGAAAUCGAAUCGUUCGUUAUAGGAGCAUGGGGCAAAGGAGGUAAAAAAAGGAGGCGAUUCAAGAUCCGUAAAUUACGAAGAAGGCUUCAAAAAUUUUAA